GGGAACGUCCGAUGAGUUGGCGGCAUUUUUAAACAAUAAUUAAUUUUAAAGGCGCUAUACAGGCUUUUUCUAUUGCUACAUCUGUAAAUAACUUUGUAAAUAUAAUUAGGAGUGUAAAUAAAUAUAUAUAAAGUGUAAAUAAAUAUGGGGAGGAACUCUAAAAAGCGGAAAAAGAAAAAUGGUGAGAAUGGUGACAUGGACGUUGUCUCAGGAGAUGAAAGUACUGAUUUCAGUUCGGUGAAGUCAUUAGAAAUGGAAAGUGAUAAGUACGCUAUAUUUAAAGUACCUAACUAUUCAAGAACUUAUCCCGAAAAUGGCGGUAACUUUGAAUACAUCGUCUUCCUGGAAAGCUCCGUCUCGGAACAACCCAUUGGGAACCGAGACAUGAUGUCGCUGUCCAAUUGUAUUAAAAGGUACAACAAAGGAGUGAAACAAUUACUUCGAAUUAAUAAAUACAAAAUUGGAGUGAUCUUCGAACGGCCCGGGCAGGCUAAUGCCGCCUUGGCAAAUAAAAACUUUCUGGAGCAAUAUAAAUUUAUAGCCUCCAUACCAGCGGCGGCCAGUGAGGUGACUGGUGUCAUCUUACAUGUGCCCACGAACCUGUCUAAUGCGCAGAUUUAUUCAGCAAUAUCGUCAUCUAAAAAUAUUGUGUGUGUGCGACGGUUCAUGCGAAAGGUGAACAAUGAUGGACGCAUUACUGAAGAGCCCACUAAGACAGUUUCGAUAACUUUCUCUUGUCCAGUACUACCUGACAGCGUGGACCUCAAUAGUUGGCGCUUUGAGCUUCGGCCGUACAUCCCGCCGGUGAAGCAGUGCCUUCGCUGCUUAAGGUAUGGACAUAUUGCUAAAUUCUGCAAAAAUGAGCUGCGCUGCUCCAUAUGCCAAGAUAAUCACAAAUUUACUGAAUGCCAAAUUGACCCAAAAUCUGCCAAAUGUGUCCACUGCUCUGGAAAUCACAUUUCAAUUUCAACAACUUGUCCUGUCAAACAACAAAAAAUUAAUGAGAAUAAAAUAGAAGUAGAGAAGAAAACACAAAAGUUCACAGAUCUCUUUAAUAGCACUAAAUUUCCAAAAUUAAACUCGAGACCAGACAACAUAAGUUCUAUCAUAAGUUCUGACACGGUUAUGAAUUUAUUAAUCGAAGCGGUAGUCAAAAUCAUUAGUUUAAAUAAAGGCAAUGAAAAACCAAUUUGUAAUCAAAGUAUUAAAGACAUUCUCCUAGAAACCAUUACCAAAAAGAAAGCAAGUAAAUAAUUUAUUGAGUUAAAGAUUUUAAGUCAACAUAACACUAUACUAUGCUAGUCUAAUUAAAUAUUAAUUCUAAAAUUAAAACUAUUCUCAUUUAUUUGUCAUAAUAUUUAUGGAUAACAUAAUAAAUAUUAUGCAAUGGAAUGCACAGAGUUUAGUCAGUAAUAGAUUAGCAUUAACCAAUUUUCUAUAUAACAACAAUAUUCACAUAGCUAUUAUUUCUGAGACCUGGCUAAAGCCACAUCAAAAUUUUAAUAUUCGAGGGUACAGAGUUGAGAGGAAUGAUACAGGUAAUAAGCAUAACGGUGUAGCUAUUUUACUUCAUAAUAGUAUUACUUACUCUAGGUUGGUAACAAAAUUUGAUAAUUCUAUGCAAAAUAUCGGUGUUCGCAUUUCUAUAGGUAAUAAAGAAAUAAGCAUAAUUAGUUUCUACAGCCCUACUAAUUGUACUCCUGUCUUCAACAAAAAAAAAUUUGAUACAUUAAUUAAAUCUAUUCCGGAGCCAAUGGUUUUUGCUGGUGACUUCAAUGCCCAUCACAUCUCAUGGGGUUGCAAUUCUACUGCACCACGAGGUAGAGAUAUUCUAGAAGUUAUUGAGGAUAACAAUCUUGUGAUUCUGAAUGAUGGUCGUCCUACUACUGUAGGCUCUCUGACUUGGCGUCCCAAUGCUCUUGAUUUGUCUCUAGUUAGUCCAUCCUUAGCAUUAUCUUGUGACUGGUCCAUCCAUGAUGAUCCACUUGGAAGUUAUC